GAGAAAAGUGUAUUUCCAGGGUUCGAAUAUAUCCAUAUUUUACCUCACUACCUGGACGUAAAGACAUAGGCCUAUCUCAGUAAGUAAGAGUUCAUUUGGAAAAAUUGAAAUGAAUAAAUAUGAGCCAAGGUGCAAGAUACAAAAUAAUAAUAUUAAAAUAACAUUUUAUGGGGGUGGCAGAUUUCGACUCUUAUCGUGCGUGGUCCUUUCAAUUCCAGAGGGGACAGCGCACUGAAAAGAAUCAUCCCGGAUUCGUAAGCUCGGAUGAAUUUAAUGAUAUAUACAUCGAUGUAUAUACUCUAUCUCUUUUGUUUUUUUUUUAGUUAUAUUUGGUCUGGUUUAAUUGUGAUUAUUGGUAUUUAUCUUAAUAUUUAUAGUCGACAUCAGACUGCAUUUAAUACUAAAAUAGCAUCAUUAAUGACUAGGUUAUUUAAUUCUCGUUGGUGGCCAAAUAUUUUAACACCAUCAAUAACAACAAUAAGCAAAACAUUACCUGUUUGA